AUGACUCUGUGGAACACUGACAUCGGCAGCGAGAAUCCGGAUGUUAGCCUCUAUCAAUCGCACCCAUUUUACAUGGAUGUGAGAGGAUUUAACAGUCACGAUGAAGCAGGGAUUACUCACGGUGUUCUGUUGCUGAACAGUAAUGGAAUGGACGUGAGGUAUGAUGGAAGUAGGAUCACUUAUAAUGUGAUUGGUGGUAUCAUCGAUCUUUACGUGUUCAUUGGACCUUCACUGGAGAUGUCGAUGAAUCAGUAUACAUAG